AGCCAGGACACUCUAGCAGCUAGCGGUUACCAUAUCCACAUCAGAAUGGAAUUCGACGACGGAGUCACAUUGGCUGGCUAGAGUGAGACAAGAUGGCUUCGACCGACCACGGUACCAGCUCGGACGAAGCAUCAUGAUGAGUGGAACCGCUACUCAACACAGUCUGUUCACCGCCGGAGUAAAAGUACCCAACAUCUGGUUGGCGACCGAUCCCUCUCACGGAUUCAACCUGUGCUUCGUCGAGCUCUUAGAAGGUAUGCCUUGGACUCGUCCCAGCAAUCUUGGCUCUCAUCAAGUCUUGCGGACUGUUCGAGAUUACGCAGAGUGGAAUAUACAAUGCACAAAAUUGUCCUAUGACCGGAUUGGAUCCCUCAUUCAUGGCAACGAGGCUACUAUCGGUCCCUUCAUCUGGCUUGACAAGUGGAAUCCUGAGCCUCCAUACUUCCCUGGACCUUUCAGAACAUUGGCGGAACGAUACAUGGCCUUCAUCGACAUGAAUCUGGACUACAUCACCUUAGGGAUAAACUCUCGUAGAGAUCCUUUGAAGGCCUAUCUCCUGCACUUGGAACUACGAGAAUUGAUCGCCUCAGAUGUGCAGCUCAGCCAAAAUGUGGAGGAGACUUUCAUCAAGCACGGGGAUGCCGGCGGAAGUCAUAUCAUGGUUGACACGGAAGGGUCCAUAUCGGGGAUUAUCGAUUGAGAGUGGGCUCAUGUGACUGCGAAAGCAGAAGCUUUUGCUGCGCCGAU